AAUAAAAUCUUGAUCAUGAGUACACACAUAGAGCAAACAGCACAUGAGACCCCAUCUGAAACAAAGACUAAAGGAUAGCUUGUCUUUGUCAUUUGAAAUAAUUUAAUUAGGUCCCCAAUUAGAACCAUGAAACAAUGACCUUCCAACCAUAUUCACCUUUCCAUCUAGCAAUAUUCAUCUUCCGAAUAGCAUAUUUAAGUAUUUUAAUUAAUGAAACAAAGAAGGAAGGAAGGAAGGAAGAAAUUAAGAGAAGAUGAAGAAGCUGAAUUUGUUAUUGAGGAAGUGUAAGACUUUGUCUAGCCAACUAGGAAGAAGCUCAUCUUAUAGUAGUUUAAGGUCAAAGUCCACAAGAGAAGAUUUUUGGAAUGUGGAAUCUCAUCAAGAUAAUAAAGAAGAUUUUGAGACAAUUCUUGUUGGCAACUCAAGAAGGAAAUAUGUGAUAAAAUCAAAAUACUUGAGCCAUCCACUAUUGAAUGCUCUAAUAGAGAAAUCAAAGCAGAAGCAUGGGGAAAAAGAUCAUCUUUCUGUUAAGUGUGAGGUUGUUCUUUUUGAUCAUCUUCUUUGGUUGCUUGAAAAUGCUGACCCCAACAACCUUAAUUCUGAUUCAUUUGAGGAAUUGGCUGAUCUAUAUGUUGUUUAUUAAUGUGAAUAUUUACAUUAUUAUUCUACCUUUUGUUUUCAUUUCUCUAGUCAAAAAUAUGUUUCAAGUCCAGUAUUUUUUCAUGUAAUUAGUCUUAAUAAAUGUUGAGUGACUAUCUUUCUCAUAAAAAAUGAGAUGGAUCUUAGUUUGCUAUUAUAUAUGCAUUUUCAUCAUUCUUUAUUCAAGUUGUUGAUAUCCGAUGUAAGAAUUAUAAAUC